ACAUUAGUGUCAGCAAGGAGAACACAAGUUGUCAAGUGCAGAAGUCAAAGGAAUGGAGAAGGAAAGGAAAAGCUAUGUAGCUCAUUGUCUGGUCUUACCAUAUCCUGCACAAGGACAUAUCAAUCCUAUGCUUCAAUUCUCCAAGCGUUUGGCGCAGAGAGGAGUGAAGGUUACACUGGUAACUGUUGUGUCCAAUUGGAAAACCAUCUGUGACAAAAACUUCACUUCCAUUGAAGUUGAAAGCAUCUCAGAUGGAUAUGAUGAUGGAGGGCUCGCAGUAGCAGGGAGCUUAGAGGUAUACAUGGAAACCUUUUGGAGAGUUGGACCACAAACUCUUGCUGAGCUUGUUCAGAAGCUUGCAAGCUCAAGCAACCCUGCAGAUUGUGUCAUCUAUGAUGCUUUCUUGCCUUGGGCCCUUGAUGUUGCGAAGAAGUUUGGGCUUCUGGGUGCUUGUUUCUUCACUCAAUCAUGUUCAACAAACAACAUAUACUUCCAUGUUUAUCAGAAGUUGUUGGAGUUACCUCUCUCAAAGCCAGAAUAUUCUCUUCCAGGAUUGCCAACACUAGCACCUGGGGAGUUACCAUCUUUCUUGAAUAAAUAUGGAUCCUAUCCAGAAUACUUUGAUGUAGUUGUGAAUCAAUUUUGCAACAUUGAUAAAGCAGAUUGGGUUCUUGCUAACACAUUUUAUGAGCUUGAGCCAGGGGUUGUGGAUUGGCUGGAGAAUAUUUGGCCAUUAAAGCCAAUAGGACCAUCCAUGCCUUCUAUGUUCUUGGACAAAAGACUUCAAGAUGACAAGGACUAUGGUGCCAGCAUGUUUAAUACAAACUCAGAAGCUUGCAUCAAAUGGCUUGAUGAUAAACCAAAAGGGUCAGUUGUGUAUGUCUCUUUUGGCAGCAUGGCUGGGCUUAGUGAGGAGCAAACGGAGGAACUAGCUUGGGGUUUGAGAGAAAGUGGGAGUUAUUUCAUAUGGGUGGUUAGAGAUUCUGAGAAACGGAAGCUUCCAAAGGAAUUUGUAGACUCAUCAGAGAAAGGUUUAAUGGUCACAUGGUGUCCUCAACUACUAGUCUUAACACAUGAAGCUUUGGGGUGUUUUCUUACACACUGUGGUUGGAACUCCACAUUGGAAGCUGUGAGCUUAGGAGUUCCAUUGAUUGCAAUGCCACUGUGGACAGACCAAAUCACAAAUGCAAAGCUUAUUACCAAUGUGUGGAAGAUAGGAGUCAAAGCUGUUGCUGAUGAGAAAGAGAUAGUUAGAAGAGAAACAAUUAAACAUUGCAUAAAGGAAAUUAUGGAGACUGAAAACGGAAAAGAAAUAAAGAACAAUGCCAUCAAAUGGAAGAAUCUGGCCAAGAUUUAUGUUGAUGAGGGAGGAAGUUCUGAUAAAAAUAUUGCAGAAUUUGUGGCUGCAUUGGCUCAUAGCUGUGCUGCAUUAAAUUAAUGGUGGAGAAAGUUCUAAUAAAAGUAGCGUGAAGCGGCCAAAUUAUGCUAUGAUAAUUCGGCUAGGCGUACGCAUUGUCAGCUUCUUCAAGAUGUAACAAUAAAACAAGGUUGUCCAUUUCAAUUGUUGUGAGAAUCUGAAUUAGUGUGUUUCAAUUGUUUUAUUUAA